AUUAAUUACUAUCAUUAUCAUAUCAUAUGCUAUGUCUAUUAUCAUAUAUUAGGGUUUUAUAGCUUUAACCCAAUGCUUCCCUUUUCCUUCUCCUUCUUCUCCUUCAUUUCUCCUUGUACAUGUUUACUGUACUUCUCCAUCAUUUUCAUUAAACCACCACCACCUCCACCUCCACCACCGCCUCCACCUUCUAUUUUUUAUUACUAUUAUGUUAGGUUCUUUAAAUUCUUCUUCUUCUCAUGACCAAGAAGAAGAACCAGAACCGUUAGAUCUACAUCUUCCACAUCCACCACCGCCACCUCCACUACCACCGUCACUGCCACUACUGCCGCCGCCUUCAUCUACACAUAUGCAUCAAUUACUUAUAAGCUGCGCCGAGCUUAUUUCUCAGUCCGACUUCUCUGCCGCCCACCGCCUUCUUUCAGUCUUAUCCUCUGCCUCUUCUUCCUACGGCGAUUCUAGAGAAAGAUUGCUUCACCAGUUCGUUAAAGCACUAUCUUUCCGUCUCAGCCACCGCGGUGGAGUUGACGCGGGAAGCAGUAGCAGCAGCAGUACCGCCAGUAGAGAAUCGGAAGAAGCUCUUCAAUCUUGUUAUUUAUCUUUAAACCAAAUCACUCCAUUUAUAAGAUUUAGCCAUUUAACUGCAAAUCAAGCUAUUUUAGAAGCCAUUGAAGUAGGGCAACAAGCUAUACAUAUCAUAGACUUUGAUAUCAUGCAUGGAGUGCAAUGGCCGCCAUUAAUGCAAGCUUUAGCUGAACGUUCCACUAAUACUCUUUAUCCACCGCCGAUGCUUCGAAUAACCGGAACCGGUCACGAUUUAAACAUUCUUCACCGGACCGGUGACCGUCUUUUUAAAUUCGCUCAAUCUUUAGGCCUAAAAUUCCAAUUUCACCCUCUUCUUUUAAACAAUGACCAUUCUGCCCUUCCCCUCCAUCUUCCAUCCGCCAUUACUAUCCUGCCAAACGAAGCUUUAGCAGUAAACUGCGUCUUUUACCUUCACAGGCUUCUAAAAGAAGAUUCAAGAAAUCUUCGAAUAUUUUUGCACAAAAUCAAGGCUUUAAACCCUAAAGUGGUUACAGUAGCAGAAAGAGAAGCUAACCAUAACCAUCCAUUCUUCUUCCAGAGAUUUCUAGAAGCUUUAGAUCACUACACAGCCAUAUUCGACUCUUUAGAAGCAACAGUAGCGCCAAAUAGCAGAGAAAGAUUGGCUGUAGAGCAAAUAUGGUUUGGAAAAGAGAUAAUGGAGAUUGUAGCAGGAGAAGGAGAAGAAAGAAGAGAAAGACAUGAAAGAUUUGAAGCAUGGGAAAUGAUAUUAAGAAGCUCAGGAUUUAGUAAUGUUCCAUUAAGCCCUUUUGCAUUAUCACAAGCUAAGCUUCUUUUAAGACUCCAUUAUCCUUGUGAAGGUUAUCAUCUUCAGCUUCUUAACAAUUCUUUCUUCUUAGCUGUGAGGAUUUAUUAGUUUGCAUGCAUGGGGAAUCCAUGGAUGAGUUUUGGCAUGAAGGAAUUAAUGAACACAGCUUCAACUAACGCCAAAUACAAACACCUUUUUGAUGUCUCACUUCUUCUUCUCCUCCUUCUUGUUCUUCUUGUUCUUCUUCUUCUUCUUCUCUUCCUCCUUCUUCUUCUGUCCAAGGGAGCUAAUCAAUUGAAACUGAGCAGUGAUUUAGAUAUAUUUGUUUGAUGAUGUAUUAUAUAUGUAGUGGGGUACGUUGACAUGUAUGAUUUGCUUUUGUUUUUUUUAUCACCUUUGUCUCUCAUUUUAGAUUUAUUAUUAUUAUUAUUAUUAUUAUUAC